AUGCACAAAACUGCACCGUUUACACCAGUGGGUCUGCUUGAUCAUGAGCAAGGCCUAAAGCCCACUUCAGACCCGUUAAGACUGCUUCUCGUUCGACACAGGACGACGACGUCUUGUUGGCUUAAUCCCUUGGCUAAAAUCCCAGAUAUUGAGAAGUGCUUAGAGGUUGUUGCCACUUUGCAAGCAAGGAAGGGUACUGACUCGGACUCGGUGUGUUUGUGGUUGGGAGCAAAUGUCAUACCGGAAUAUUCCUGCGAAGAGAUCCAUUACCAUAGAAUAACUUCUGAUAAUAUUUGUUGUUCCAUCAAUCUGGAAAAUGCUAAAGCAAGCUUGGAGAUUCUUGUAGCUGAUUUACAGUUCUUGAGUGAUCAAGUCACAGUUACUCAAGAGAUACUUGUAAAUUUUAUUCAGCUGAGUCAGCGCCUCACGAUUUAUCUUUCCGUGACGAGCAGGUUACCAUUGCGCGUAAAACAAGUUACCUCUACUCCUAUCGCUGCUGCAGAAGAACAGCACCGCUCAGUAUUGGUGAUGAGAGUCAUGACGGCAAAAAGUGUAAAUGAGAAACAAAAGUAA